AUGCCACGUGACGCGCUUCAACAUGCAACACCUGGCCUGACUCGCAACCCCCCAUUGGGCUUCAACAGGGCUAUCACUGUCCCCCCUUUGGAUACCAAUUGCACGGUUCACGUCGAAAGUGUCUCAAGCUUUAUCUCUGGGGUCGGCCCGUCUAACGUCGGAGCGUUUUUUUCCUGCCCUCGCCUGCUCCCCUUCUUUGCUAAUUUUUUUUUAGCAAGAUUCGCAAAAGCUUCCUCUGAGGUGAUAUCACUGACAGGCUAG